GGGAUUUGGCUUUCUUUGGGCACAGCACUCUCCAGCUAUCCUUUAUUUUAUACUUUGCCCCAGCUGCUACUAAGCCUCUUCAUUCUCUCUGUUGCUCCUUUGAUCUGAACACAGCAAUGUCUUUCCAGACCAUCUGCCAAGGCUCCAAGGGGAGCAGAAGGGGCUACAGUUCAUGCUCUGCUUUUGGUGGCGGCACUGGAGGUGGAAUCAGGCGUAGCUAUUCUUCAUGCAGAGGAUAUAGCGGCGGUAUGACAGGCCAAUAUGGUAGCAGGAGUCUCCAUAACUAUGGUGGAGCUACAAGGAUUUCCUAUGGAUCUGGCUAUGGAGGGGGCAUCUGUGGGGGAUAUGGUGGUGGCUAUGGAGGAAUAGGUGGUGGCUAUGGUGGAAUAGGAGGUAGUUGCAGAGGAAUAGGAGGUGGCUAUGGAAUAGGAGGUGGCUAUGGAGGAAUAGGGAGUGGUUAUGGAGGAAUAGGAGGUGGGUUUGGUGGUAGAGGACUUGGCGGCCUUGGCGCUGGAGGUAUUGGCAGUGUCCAAGUGGAUCCAAAUCUUCUGCGACCAGUCCGGGUAGAAAUUGACCCCCAAAUACAGCAAGUAAAAAAUCAAGAGAAAGAGCAGAUCAAAGUCCUCAACAACCAGUUUGCUUCCUUCAUUGACAAGGUUCGCUUUCUGGAGCAACAAAACAAAGUAUUGCAAACCAAAUGGCAAAUCCUCCAACAGCAAACACAAAGCGUUGGCCCAACUUUGAAUCUGGAUGCCCAGUUCCAGCAGUUCCUGAAUAGCUUGAGGAAUCAGAUUGAAAAUAUCCGCAGCCAGAAGGCACAGCUAUCAACAGAGCUCCAAAGUAUGCAGCAUUAUGUGGAAGACUACAAGAACAAGUAUGAAGAGGAGAUCAACAGGCGCACAACGGCUGAGAAUGAUUUUGUUGUGCUGAAAAAGGAUGUGGAUUGUUCCUAUUUGUCCAAGAGUAACUUGGAAGCAAGAGUUGGUGCUUUGGCUGAGCAGAUUACCUUCCUGAGAAGAAUCUUUGAGGUGGAAAUUUCUCAGUACCAGAUUGGAGGCCAAGAUACCUCAGUAGUAGUGAGCAUGGAUAAUAAUACCCACUUGAAUUUGGAAGGUAUUAUUGAUGAAGUAAGAAGCCAGUAUGAAGAGAUUGCUCGCAGUAGCCGAGCUGAGGCUGAGGCUUGGUAUCACUCUCAGUUUGAAGCUCUGCAGCACACAGUAGGACGGCAUGGUGAGAAUCUGCGCAACACCAAGCAGGAGAUUCAAGAGUUGACUAGGAACAUCCAGAAACUGCGUUCAGAAAUUGAGCAUGUCAAGAAGCAGUAUGCUAAAUUGCAGUCUGACAUUGCUGAAGCUGAGGAACGUGGUGAACUGGCUCUCCGAGAUGCUAAGCAAAAACUGCACGACUUGGAAUGCGCCUUGGCGAAAGACAAGGAAGAACUGGCUCGCCUCCUGAAAGAGUACCAAGAGCUGCUGAACAUCAAGCUUGCUCUGGACAUUGAAAUUGCCAUGUACCGGAAACUGCUGGAAGGAGAAGAGAGCAGGCUCUGUGGCUCAGGAUCUCAAGUCCAUGUCUCUGUGCGGGAUAGUGGCUUCGGUGGUGGCUUUGGAGGUGGCCUCGGUGGCUUUGGAGGUGGCCUCAGUGGCGGCAUUGGAGGUGGCCUCGGUGGCGGCAUUGGAGGUGGCAUCGGUGGCGGUUUUGGAGGUGGCAUCGGUGGCUUUGGAGGUGGCCUCAGUGGCGGCAUUGGAGGUGGCAUUGGCGACGGCAUUAGAAGUGGUGCCAGCGGAGGUAGCUGUGGCUACGGAAGUGGAGGCUAUGGCGGCUCUGUCUGUGGAGGAGGAGGUGGAUUCUCUCAUGGCUUAGGAAGUGGUUCCAGCACUGUCAUCCGAAGAACCACCGCGUCCAGCUCGUGCACCAAGUCAAGUGGAAGAUAUUAGGUAUCUCUCCCAGUCACCCCCAAAGGAAAGGAACAUCUUUUAGCUGCUUGUGUUAACACAACUCUUUCAGCCCCAUUCUGGCAACCCAGAAAAGAACAAACAGUGUCUUCUAAAGCCCAAGAUCUGGUCUCUAUUUCCCUCCCAGAGGAAACCUGCAGCCAGCCCCCGCAGAGGAGGUCAUUGUCCAUCUAACUUCUAUUGCUUUUGAUGACCAGUCAUGAAAUGGUAACCACAUUCCAUUUUAGGACAUCCAAGAGAGAAACGCUUGAAAGAAAGGGGAGAUGAAUCAACCACGAAUCUGGGUUUUGCGUCCUUAAGUAUGCUGUAUAUAUUUGGCCUAGUUUGUGGCUGCCAAAUAGUGAUGUGCAUGAAAGAGAUCUUUCCUCACUGCCUGGAGUCUUCCCACUGGUGGUUCUCAUCAGUCUUGCUAUAGUUCCCUGCUUCAUUGAGGAGAUCAUUUGUUUUCACUGUAUAUGUUUGGUCGAUGUUAGGCAGGUCAAACUUGUACUGCUAAGUUAAAUGCCAAUUUUCUUAAACCACCACUGCAUUUUCAAUCAACAGUUGGAUUUGCAGAAAGACAGGGUUCUGCAGAAUCCUGAGCAAUCAACAAUUCAUGGUUAGGAAAUCAGGAAUCAAGGACUGUAUUGUGAAAACAUUCAAUCUUGGGCCAGUUUUGCGGACUAUGUUGCACCUAUCUUCAUUUCUUAGGCUUUCUUUCCCAUUUUCUUAGGAGCUGAUCAUUUUCAAUAAACUGCAGUCAAGUUAAA